AUGCGUGCUGCUCUCAUCUCCGCCCUCGCGGCUGGCGCUGCUGCCACCCGCCCCUUCCUCAACGAGCCCGACACUGGCAUUGAGCUUGCCCUCCCCGACCUCGCCGUGGGUGCUCUGCCUGAUCUCAAGUCAAUGGUCGGUCUCCCUGACUUCGAGUACGCUGCGCGCAACUACCUCCCUGCCCGUAACUACACCUACUACCGCAAUGGUGCUGCUGGUGAAUGGUCAUACCGCAACAACCUCGAGGUCUUCGGCCGCUACCGCCUUCGUCCUCGCACCAUGGUUGACAUCACCAACAUCGAGUCUACCCUUCCUACCACCAUCCUGGGACACAACUUCUCGGCCCCCAUCUUCAUCAGCCCGGCUGCUCGUGCCGACUACGGUCACCCCGACGCUGAACUCAACCUCAUGAGAGCCGCGGCUGCUGAGAACAUUCUCUACAUGCCCGCUCUGUACGCUGGCAAGACCAUUGAGCAGAUUGCCGAGGUCAAGGCCGAUGGUCAGGUCGCCUUCCAGCAGGUGUACCUCACCACCAACGAGACCGCCACUAAGAUCCUCUUUGACCGCAUCAAGGCCUCUGACGCCAAGGCCAUUGUCUACACCGUCGACUCUGCCGCCGACGGCAACCGUCACCGUGCUGCCCGCUUCGGUGUCACCUCCGCCGACUCUGACUACUCUCUUAUCACCUGGGAUGAGUACAAGAAGCUCUCUGCCAUGACUGACCUCCCCAUCAUCAUCAAGGGAAUCAUGACUGUUGAGGAUGCCGAGGCUGCCAUCGAGAACAAUGUCCCUGCCAUCGUCCUCUCCAACCACGGCGGUCGCCAGCUCGACGGCUCGCCCUCCUCCCUCGAGGUUGCCUUGGAGAUCUACGAGAAGGACCCCGAGAUCUUCAAGAAGAUCGAGGUCUACGCCGACGGCGGUGUUCGCUACGGCGCUGAUGUCCUCAAGCUCCUCUCUCUCGGUGUCAAGGCCGUCGGUAUCGGACGCCCCAUCAUGUUCUCCAACGUCUUCGGCCAGCCCGGUGUUGAGAAGGCCAUCCAGCUCCUGAAGCACGAGAUUGCCAUUGACGCCGGUAACCUCGGUGUCCCUGACCUGAAGAAGAUUGAUGCCAGCUACGUCAAGUGGACCCCCAACAACUGGUACUCUUAA